UUCUCUCAUUUCUUUGUCUGCGCUCUGCACUUCGUGGUAUCACUCUCACUCCCGCUCUCUCCCCCCCCCCCCCCCCCGACCUGUUUCGCAUGGCUUCCGUUGUGGGAUCGCCAUCUUCCUCUUCUCCUUCAAAGCUCCUUCUCAGACCUUCACUGCCCUCUUCAUCACUUUCCGCCUCUACGCACCUCUUCCUCUCCAAUCCCACCUCAACUCCCAAAACCCUAUCUUCCAAACUCUACUCUGCCGUCUCGUCCUCCUCUUUCGUCGUCGGUGAAUCUCCCAUUUUCUGUCCCUCCCUUCUCCCUUCGUCCGCAUUCGGAGGUUUCUCCUCCGGCCGGCGGUCCCUGGUCGUCCGAGCAGCCAGAGGGAAAUUCGAGAGAAAGAAACCACACGUUAAUAUAGGUACAAUCGGUCAUGUUGACCAUGGAAAGACUACUUUGACGGCUGCUCUUACCAUGGCUUUGGCCUCUAUGGGAAAUAGUGCGCCCAAGAAAUACGACGAAAUUGAUGCAGCACCGGAGGAAAGAGCCCGAGGGAUCACGAUCAAUACUGCUACUGUGGAAUACGAGACUGAAAGCAGGCACUAUGCCCAUGUAGAUUGUCCUGGACAUGCUGAUUAUGUGAAGAAUAUGAUCACCGGUGCGGCACAAAUGGAUGGUGCUAUUUUGGUUGUAUCGGGUGCUGAUGGACCAAUGCCUCAGACCAAAGAGCAUAUUUUGUUGGCGAAACAAGUGGGUGUGCCUAAUUUGGUAGUUUUCUUGAACAAGCAGGAUCAGGUUGAUGAUGAUGAGCUUCUUCAACUAGUGGAGUUGGAAGUCCGGGAGCUUUUGAGCAUCUAUGAAUUCCCUGGUGAUGAUGUGCCUGUAGUUUCAGGUUCGGCUUUGUUGGCUUUGGAGGCACUGAUGGCCAACCCGAAUAUUAAAAGAGGGGAGAAUCAGUGGGUGGAUAAAAUUUAUGAAUUGAUGGAUGCUGUUGAUAGCUACAUACCAAUUCCUCAGCGUCAGACUGAUUUACCUUUCCUUAUGGCAAUUGAAGAUGUGUUUUCAAUUACUGGUCGCGGUACUGUGGCGACAGGGCGCGUUGAGAGGGGCAAAGUUAAGGUUGGAGACUCUGUGGAUAUAGUGGGUCUUAGGGAUACCCGGACUACUACAGUUACUGGGGUUGAAAUGUUUCAGAAAACACUUGAUGAAGCGCUUGCAGGUGAUAAUGUGGGGCUUUUGCUUAGGGGUAUUCAGAAGACAGACAUUCAAAGAGGAAUGGUUAUUGCCAAACCGGGCACCAUCACACCCCAUUCAAAGUUCACUGCUAUUGUUUAUGUGUUGAAAAAAGAGGAGGGAGGGAGGCAUUCGCCAUUCUUUGCUGGAUACAGGCCGCAAUUCUACAUGAGAACUACUGAUGUCACUGGGAAGGUUUCUAAGAUCAUGAAUGAUAAGGAUGAAGAGUCUAAGAUGGUUAUGCCUGGGGACCGUGUGAAGAUGGACGUGGAGCUAAUUUUUCCAGUAGCUUGUGAACAAGGAAUGAGAUUUGCAAUUAGAGAAGGUGGGAAGACCGUUGGGGCUGGUGUCAUCCAAACCAUCAUUAAAUGACGUUGUUGUGAAUUUUGGUCAGUGAAAUGAAUUUAAGCUAUUUUGAUGCGGUUUAGUUAGUGUGAUUGUCUGCAAAUAAUUGUGUUACUGUUUUGAUAUUUCUAUGAUAAUGUAGAUUGUUCUAUUUUGCUGGGUACCUGGAAAGAUAUUUCAGGCAUGCAUUCUACUGUUUUGUAAAGUACAAUGAGCGUUAGGCAGUUUCAAGUGGUUGCAGGAUGAUCAAUAAGAUGAUAAAUAUACCGAGAA